CCACUAUUCACUAUUCACUAUUCACUAUUAGCACUACCACCACCACCACCACCAAAUGUCUAACGUUAUAUGGAACGCAGACAUUGAUGUAUAUAAUGCAUCGGUAAUUCCUAUACCGGUGGCCGAGAAUAUCGCUAAGUAUCUACCUAUACCAGAUUUAGUAUCAUUUUCUCAAGUACUGAAGAAUACUUACCGAGCCGUCAAAAAUCCUAAACUAUGGAUAUCGAAACUUAAAAGUAUGGAUGUUUGGGAUAAAGCAAGUUCUAAAAAUGAAGUCAAUACUGAAUUGGCUUUAAAACAAUUAGAAAGUCCCUUAUUAUGUUUAGAUAGUGUAUUUAAAUCCGCUAAAUUAGCCAAAUUACAAGUAUUAAAGAUUCAUAAUAGUAUAUGGCCAUAUUAUAGUGAUUUAUUAAGUAAUAAACCAUUUGAUAAACUUCAAAUAUUUAAGGAUUUCCAAACUCCAGAGGAUCAAGCUAAGAUUCUUACGAAUAUUCUUACUUUUAAUAAGAUUGAUUAUAUAGAAGCUUCAAGUCGUCUAGUAGAAGAGAAGGUCAAUUCAUUAUUUGAAAUAUUUGAAAAUGCUUUACUUCGAGAACUUGAAAUUCAUUAUGAUUUACAGGAUUAUGAUAAGGCAAGAAGAUUUGUAUUGAUUCUUAUUAUGCUUAAGAGUGAUCAAACUUUAAUUGACUUUUUCUUACAAAAGAGUAUCUUUGAUCGAGAGGAAAGUGAUGUAUUCAAUCUUGAAUCGUUUGAUCCUAAUAAAUACUAUAAAGAUAAUAAAUUGGGAAUAGCAGAAAUCGAUUCGGUGGCAUUUGAUCAGCUAGUGAGUGAUAUAGCUGAAGCUUUCAAUCAUCAAUCAAAUGUUAUAGAUAUGAUCUUUCCUCAAUCAGUACCAAUAAUGUAUAAAGUAUGUGAAGAAUUAAUAUCUAAUCAAAUGACAGAACUUAUGCUUACAUUGAUUGAGAAUCUGAAACUGAGAGGACUCUAUAUUAGUCUUAUACCUGAUUUGUAUGAACGAAUGACAUCAGAUAUGAUACCUCAAUUGAGUGAUUCACUUAAUAUUGGAGAACCAUAUAAGCAACUCGUUAAGGAAUUACUUGAUAUGAUGUUUGAAUCAAUUAUUGCUGAGUAUAUUCGAGAAGUGAUUCUGACAUUCAAGACUGCUACAUCCAAUAAAAUAACUGAAUGGAAAGAUUCUAUAUCGAAACGAGAAAAGGAGACAUCUCAAAAUAUCUUAAAGAUGGUUAAAGCCGAGACCAAGAAUGAUUUCUUGACUAGUUUUAAGAAGGUGUUUAUCAUUAGUAAUCUGCUGGAAAAGUCCAAAAAGGAUGAUGAAGAUAAUUAUUCAGAAAUACAGGCCAAAGCCAAGAUCCUUUCCGAGAAUAUUAAAUCUCUUACUAAAAGCUUUAGUCCAGAACUUGUUCUAGAGACACUUAAUGAUGCUAAGACUACCCUUCAUAGACUCUUGAAAUUCCAAUAUUAUUCUAUAGCCUCAUUAAGAAAUGAUAUCUUUGCGGCUAUGCAAGAUAUCUUUAUAGAUGUAAUUGAAGAUAUUGGUCAGGGUCAUUUACGUCCUGGGUUUGAUAAGGCUCUUCAAUACUUACAGACAUAUAAUCCGAAUUCUCCAACAUAUACAGAGUCACAUAACGAAACAUUUGUUGAACCAUUAGUCCUAUUCUGUGAUAUGAUUACUAUGGCUGAUUUAAUCAUUCAAAUGAUUGAUAUUUUCUAUAAAGAAGAAAUGCUUAAUCGACAUAUCAUUAAGAAUGAGAACUCGAUAUUGAAUCCAUCCCUUCAGAACAAAAAGAAAUUAGAAGGGUUAGUAGAUAAGUAUGUUGCGGAUGGACUCAAUAUCGGGUUAGAAGUCUUAGUGAAUGAAAUCGAUGUAAUAUUUAAAACAAAAUUAGUCAGUGCUGAGUAUAAUCCUCCACCUAAUGAGGCUUCAUCCUUUGGCCCGACAGACGCAGCUCAAAAGGCAAUAGAUGUAUUGGACUAUAAUAUGGGAUUAAUAGUCGAUAGUGCAGACAAGUCAGUGAUAGAAGUAUUCCAUCAAGAAAUUGCCGAACGAUUCUUUCAAAUCAUUGUUAAAACAUUAAAGAAAAGUACUAUCUCCGUGACGGGAGCUACUAGGUUGAUUUCGGACUUAAACCUCUAUUAUGAAUUUAUAAAUUCUCAUAUUAAAACCAAUAAGAGGAUGGUUUUACCAUUCUAUGAAGCUUUAAAGAAAUUAGGCAAUGUGUACUUAAUCAGUGGUGAUGAUUCUAAAGCUAUUGGGAAAUUAGUUAGUGAUCUUUCUAAAUUUAAUGGGAUUUUCGGACAAGAAGAGAUUUACGAAUUUGUACAACGACGGGAGGAUUGGCCCAUAAUUCGAAAACAUGUAGAGAAAGUUAUGUAUGGUUUUGGAUUAGGUGACUGUACCAUUGUAUAGAUUAGACACAUAUAUAGAAACUAUUUCUUACUCACUUACUUAUAUGGCUGUGCGCGUGACCAGAAAUCACGGGGCCCGAUAUGGCAUACAAAAUUUUCCUUAAUUCAUCUUA